GCUGCGGCGACGGGAGCGGGGCCGACCAUGGCGGUGUGGACGCGGGCCACCAAAGCGGGGCUGGUGGAGCUGCUGCUGAGGGAGCGUUGGGUGCGGGUGGUGGCCGAGCUGAGCGGCGAGAGCCUGAGCUUGACGGGCGACGCUGCGGCGGCCGAACCCGAGCCCGUCCUGGGGCCGGCGGCGGCCGCCUUCAACGGCCUCCCGAACGGCGGCGGCGCCGGCGACUCGCUGCCGGGGAGUCCGAGCCGCGGCCUGGGACCCCCGAGCCCGCCCGCACUACCGCGGGGCCCCGCGGGCGAGGCGGGCGCGUCACCGCCCGUGCGCCGGGUGCGGGUCGUGAAGCAGGAGGCCGGCGGCCUGGGCAUCAGCAUCAAGGGCGGCCGCGAGAACCGGAUGCCGAUCCUCAUCUCCAAGAUCUUCCCGGGGCUGGCCGCCGACCAGAGCCGAGCGCUGCGGCUGGGAGACGCCAUCCUGUCGGUGAACGGCACCGACCUGCGCCAGGCCACCCACGACCAGGCGGUGCAGGCGCUGAAGCGCGCGGGCAAGGAGGUGCUGCUGGAGGUCAAGUUCAUCCGAGAAGUGACACCAUAUAUCAAGAAACCGUCAUUAGUAUCGGAUCUGCCAUGGGAAGGUGCAGCACCGCAGUCACCAAGCUUCAGUGGCAGCGAGGACUCUGGUUCUCCAAAACACCAGAACAGCACCAAGGACAGGAAGGUCAUCCCUCUAAAAAUGUGCUUUGCUGCUAGAAACCUAAGCAUGCCGGAUCUGGAAAAUAGAUUGAUAGAGCUACAUUCUCCUGACAGCAGGAACACCUUGAUCCUGCGCUGCAAGGAUACAGCCACAGCACACUCCUGGUUCGUAGCUAUCCACACCAACAUAAUGGCUCUCCUCCCACAGGUGUUGGCUGAACUCAAUGCCAUACUUGGUGCAACCAGUGCGGCAGGAGGCAGUAAGGAGGUCAGGCACAUUGCCUGGCUGGCAGAACAGGCAAAACUAGAUGGUGGAAGACAACAAUGGAGACCUGUCCUCAUGGCUGUGACUGAGAAGGAUUUGCUGCUUUAUGACUGUAUGCCAUGGACAAGGGAUGCUUGGGCAUCACCAUGUCAUAGCUACCCUCUUGUUGCCACAAGGUUGGUUCAUUCUGGUUCCGGAUGUCGAUCACCUUCACUUGGAUCUGAUCUUACAUUUGCUACCAGGACAGGCUCUUGGCAGGGCAUUGAAAUGCAUCGUUUCAGGGUGGAGACACAUUGGGAUCUGUCAACUUGGACCAGGAUACUUGUUCAAGGUUGUCACGCUGCUGCUGAGCUGAUCAAGGAAGUCUCUCUAGGGUGCACAUUAAAUGGCCAAGAGGUAAGACUCACUGUUCACUAUGAAAAUGGAUUCACUAUCUCCAGGGAAAAUGGAGGCUCCAGCAGCAUAUUGUACCGCUACCCCUUUGAAGGGCUGAAAAUGUCUGCUGAUGAUGGCAUCAGAAAUCUGUAUCUGGAUUUUGGUGGUCCUGAGGGAGAACUGACCAUGGACCUACACUCUUGUCCAAAGCCGAUUGUAUUUGUGUUGCACACGUUCUUGUCAGCCAAAGUCACUCGCAUGGGACUGCUUGUAUGAGCAGCAACAAAUCAGAAAAGAGCCUUGAAUGAAUGUCACAAGAAAUAUUUCCACCUCAAAAAAGAAAGAAAAGAAAAGAAGCACAAAAAGAAUGCUCUUUGCUCUCUCCUCUAGCACAGUGCCUUGACAAGGACCUGCAAAUCACUGCUGAACCAUAACCAUGUUUAAAGAAGAGCCUACCUUUCACAAGCUACCUUGGCCAGAAAUACUAGGACCUCUAAUAAGUUCCAAAAUGAAGCUGUUGAUUUAUUUUCCAGUAUCACAAUGUGGUUUAUAAGUAAUUGGGUU